CAAUAACUGUGUAAAUCAGAGGGAGGAAACAAAACCUGACCAACAGAGCUGCAGUGAGAGGCGGAGCAACACUGGAAAGAGGAGAGCUGCAACGUCACACUCCAGAAAUGAAAGUAAAGUUAGUCAGAGUGUGAGCCACGCUGCAGUGGAGACAAGUCUCUGUUUCUCUCUAAAAGAAAAUUCACACUGACUUCAUCAGGUCUUUGUCAACAACACAGCAGAGUCUCUGCCCAACACUGUGUGUAGAUAUGGCUGCUGCAAACUAUCUGCCAUCUGAAGAUCAGUUUCUGUGCUCCAUCUGUCUGGAUGUGUUCACUGAUCCUGUCAGCACACCAUGUGGACACAACUUCUGCAAAAACUGCAUCACUGAACACUGGAAUACUGACGACCAGUGCCUGUGUCCGAUGUGUAAAAAGGUUUUCAACACAAGACCUGAGCUGCAGGUCAACACUUUCAUCUCUGAGAUGGUCACUCAGUUCAGACAGUCAGCUCAACAGAAAGCCAGCAGCAGCAGCUCACAGCAACAAGUGUCCAAACCAGGAGAAGUUCCCUGUGACGUCUGCACUGGAACCAAACUGAAGGCCCUGAAGUCCUGCCUGGUGUGUCUGGUCUCCUACUGUGAGACUCACCUGGAGCCUCAUCUGACAAUGUCAGGCCUGAAAAGACAUCAGCUGAUCGAUCCUGUGGAGAACCUGGAAGACAGGAUGUGUACGAAGCACGAUAAACCUCUGGAGCUGUUCUGUAAGACCGACCACACAUGUGUAUGCAUGCUCUGCACUGUUUUAGACCACAAGACACAUGAUGUUGUUCCUCUGAAAGAAGAAUAUGAAGGAAAAAAGGCUGAGCUGGAGAAGACAGAGGCUGAAAUUCAGCAGAUGAUCCUGAAGAGACAACAGAAGAUUCAGGAGAUCAAACACUCAGUGGAGCUCAGUGAGGAAGAUGCAAACAGAGAGAUAGCAGAAGGUGUUCAGGUCUUCACUGCUCUGAAGGAGUCUGUUGAGAGAGGCCUGAAUGAGCUCAUCAACACCAUUAAAGAGAAGAAGAAAACAACACAGAAACAGGCUGAAGGCUUCAUCAAAGAGCUGGAACAGGAAAUCUCUGAGCUGAAGAAGAGAAGCACUGAGGUGAAGCAGCUCUCACACUCUGAAGACCACCUCCAUCUUGUCCAGAAUGUCCAGUCUCUAAACACCAACCACCCAACACUCACCAAGGACUGGACAGAGGUCAGCGUCCGUCCACCAUCAUAUGAGGGGACUGUGGUGAGAGCUGUGUCUCAGCUGGAGGAGACACUCAGUGAACAGAUGAAGAAGCUAAUUGAGUCUGAGCUGAAGAGGGUCCAGCAGUAUGCAGUGGAUGUGACUCUUGAUCCUGAUACAGCAUAUCCUGAACUUAUACUGUCUGAUGAUGGGAAACAAGUGCAUCAUGGUGAUGUGAAGAAAAAUCUCCCAGACAACCCAGAGAGAUUUUCUUAUUGUACUUGUGUUUUAGCAAAGCAGAGUUUCUCUUCAGGCAGAUUUUACUUUGAGGUUCAAGUUAAAGGAAAGACUGAUUGGGAUGUAGGAGUGGUCAGAGAGUCAAUCAACAGGAAGGGAGACAUCACACUGAGCCCUCAGAAUGGUUACUGGACCAUAUGGUUGAGAGAAGGAAAUGAAUAUGCUGCUCUUACUGACCCUUCAGUCAGUCUCUCUCUGAAGUCUCAGCCUCAGAAGGUGGGGGUGUUUGUGGAUUAUGAGGAGGGUCUGGUCUCCUUUUAUGACGUAGAUGCUGCAGCUCUUAUCUACUCCUUUACUGGCUGCUCCUUCACUGAGAAACUCUUCCCAUACUUCUGUCCUGAUAAUAAUGAUGAUGGUAAAAACUCUGCACCUCUGAUCAUCUCUCCUGUCAGAGUAAAAUAAUCACUUAUUUCAUGUACUGAUUUAUUUCUAUUCAAAGAAACAUGUAUUGUGAAUCCUGUAUAGUUCACAUCU